UAAAUACCUAAUCUUGGUGUUGUAAACGACCUCAUCAGAAACGGUCCAUUUUGUUCAUUGAUCAACACCAAAACCAACCAACGUCGACAUGACCAUAAUUUCUUCAUUCAUGUCUUCUACAAUAUCUCUUAUUCUUUUACCCAUCAAACACUUGAUCCUCCAUCGCGACUUGCAUGAUAUCUUUCAAAGGAUGAGACUUGUCGACAGGAUUCUCUUGUUGAUGAUUCACGGUGUUGAUAAGUCAAGGAUUGGAUGGCACCAUUUGCCGGUGUUGUUGGGACUUGUAUACUUGGGCAUACGCAGGCAUCUUCAUAACAGGUACAAUUUGGUGAAAGUUGGGACAUUCAAUGAUCUUAUCUAUGAAGAUGCUAGCGGUCAUCAGGGAACUUUCUUUGGCCGGAACAUGCCCCCGGUUGAUCAGAAAGAUAAGCUACUGAAGCCAGACCCAAUGGUGGUGGCAACAAAGCUUCUAACACGCAAACAAGGAAGCAAACAAGAAAGCAAACAAGAAAGUGACAAAAAACAAUUGAACAUGAUUGCUGUUUCAUGGAUUCAAUUCAUGAUUCAUGAUUGGAUUGAUCAUAGCGAGUCAUCAGAACAGAUCGAGCUCAAGGCACCUGUAGAAGUAGCUGGUGCAUGCCCUCUCAAAUCUUUUAAAUUCUUGGAAACUAAAGAAGUUCCCACUGAUUCUUGUGAGAUCAAGAAAGGUCAUCUCAACAUCAGAACUCCCGCGUGGGACGGGAGCGUAAUAUAUGGAACCAAUUUGAGGGAAUUGAUCAAAGUGAGAACGUUCAAAGACGGAAAGCUCAAGAUCGGGGAAGACCACCUCCUCCAACAUGACAACGAUGGAUUGCCAAUAGUAGGCGACAUUCGUAACAGUUGGAUUGGUGUAACAACCUUGCAAGCCCUCUUCAUCCGCGAACACAAUGCCAUUUGUGAUGCAUUGAUGAAAGAAUAUCAAGAUCUGGAUGAUGAAUAUUUGUACCGUUACGCAAGACUAGUAACUUCUGCCGUGAUUGCUAAGAUCCACACGAUCGAUUGGAGCAUCCAGCUUCUCAAAACCGACACCCUUGUUGCUGGAAUGAGAGCUAACUGGUAUGGGCUAUUGGGGAAAAGAUUCAAGGACACAUUUGGACACGUUGGGAAUGCCAUUCUGGGAGGUUUUGUAGGGUUGAAGAAUCGCAAUGACCAUGGGGUGCCCUAUUCCUUGACCGAAGAGUUUACAAGUGUUUAUAGAAUGCAUUCUCUUUUACCUGAUCAACUUUCUAUCAUGGAUGUCAAUUCAACACUAGAUCAUAACAAGUCUAAAAAAUUGACCAAAAAAUUCGACAUCGACAUGAUAGAUUUGAUUGGAAAGAAAGGGGAGAAGGAAUUAUCGAAAUUCGGAUUCACGACACAAAUGGUAUCAAUGGGACUUCAAGAAUGUGAAACACUUGGGCUAUUUAAUUAUCCCACUUGGCUUAGGGACAUUGUGCCUCAAGAAGUUGACGGCACAGAUCGUCCUGAUCAUAUCGACUUAGCAUCACUUGACAUUUUUAGAGACAGGGAGAGAAAUGUACCAAGGUACAAUGAGUUUCGUAGAUCGCUUUUCAUGAUCCCAAUCUCCAAAUGGGACGAUCUAACAGACGAUGGUGAAGCUAUUAACACGUUGCGUGAAGUGUACGAUGAUGAUGUGGAGCAACUCGACUUAUUGGUAGGCAUGGCGGCUGAGAAAAAAAUCAAAGGAUUUGCCAUCAGUGAGACCGCUUUUUUUAUUUUCCUAACCAUGGCAUCAAGGAGACUUGAGGCAAAUAGAUUUUUCACGAGCGAUUUUCAUGAAAAGGUGUACACUAAAAAGGGACUUGAAUGGGUGAACACAACAGAGAGUUUGAAAGAUGUAUUGGACCGGCUUUGUCCGGGGAUGACUGAUCGUUGGAUGACCUCGACAAGUGCUUUUUCAGUGUGGGAUAAUGAACCGGAGCCUUAUAAUCGAAUGCCAAUUUAUUUCCGUGUCCCUAAGUAAUUCUUCAUAUUUCAUAUGGUGUAUUUUAUUAGUAUUCUCUCAUACAGAGGUAUGUGAGGAAGAGGACUAUACAUUAUCCAAGUUCAUGAUCGUAUUUCGACAUUACUCUUCUCUCGUUUGAAUUUCCUUCUAUAAGUCAAAAAAUAUUAUAAUUUAUGAUGAUAUAUUAAACAUAAUCGAUGAAUGUCUUUUAAAAC